AUGGCUGAGCAGCUGAACCUCAAGACUGUCGAGUUUGAUUCGCGCUUCCCCAACCAGUUUGAUGCUAACCUGCGACCCGCUUGUGGGCAUUCAACCUACAGCUGGCAGAGCUACGUCGACUACUUCCGAUGUGUGAACAGCAAGGGUGAGGAGUUCGAGCCCUGCAAGCAGUUCUACAAGGCGUACCACACGCUCUGCCCGAACGAAUGGCUUGAGAAGUGGGACGAGCAGCGCGAGAGCGGCGCGUUCCCCGCUAAGCUGGACGCAUAA